CAGGUUAUAGACCUUCUGCACGUGACGUCACAAUUAAAGGCGGGACUUGUAGCAGCCAUACUGAGUGUCAACAUUGUGCAGUAUGGGUAAGUGUUGCUGUGCAGUUUAUUGCUCAAAUAGAUUUUCUAAAGGCUCUGGUCUUCACUUUUAUCGCUUUCCUGCCGAUCCUGAUCGGAGGAAUCUUUGGGUAGCUGCUGUGAACAGGAAAAACUGGCAACCGACUCAGUAUUCGUGGAUUUGCAGCUCACAUUUUAUUGGUGGAGCUAAGAGCGAUGACCCCACAUCUCCAUCCUAUUCUCCUUCUAUUUUUGCACAUUUAAGCUCGUGCAAAAGGCAGGGCGAGAGUCAAUUGGCAAGGUAUAAUCGUAGUAAAAAAAGAUGCGUUCGAAUUUCUGAGCUUUUCAGCAGUACUUCAUCACUUCCAUCAUCACCUGAAGUUGAGCCACUACCGUCAUCACCAGAAGCAGUACCAUUGCCAAUGUCUCCUGAGACUCCAUCACAAGUUAGUCAUGAGCAGGCAUGCAGCACUGAUAUGUCUAUGGGAUAUAUUGAAAAGUUAGAAUCAGAUUGUUCUUCAUUGCAUACAUGCAAUGUAAAGGAUAAAGAUAUUAAGAUUUGCAUUUAA